AUGGAAUCUGGAGCGAUAUCAGUAGCUGUAACUUUGUUCAAAGAGACAUUUCCUAGUUUGGAUGACGAUAUCUCUAGCUACAUAGAAAGUAUUCUCACUGAAAAUGCUGAGCAUUUUGACUCUGAGGGCGAUGUGCAUGACGCAAUCGGUGGAGUUUUGGAUGGGUUUCACCGUCAAAAUAAUGAUCAAGAAAUAAAAAUCUUAUGCAAAAAGAUUUAUCAACUGAUGAGGCCGUCUGACGGAUUUGUUGAAAAACAAAUUACUUUAGAUGCUCCAGUGCAGAUGGCAAGUUUACUGGAUACAUUCAGUGAAAGAGUGGUUGAUAAUUCUAGUAUUUGGAUGAUGAAAAAACAAAGCAGCACUAUCGUCGAUUCUAAAAAAUUAGAAAAGGCUGAGGCUAAAAUUAAAGAAAAGCAGUUAAAGAAAGCCAUUAUCGGGAGACCUGGUAAUGCAGGAAGAGCCAUCGAGGUCAAAGAGGAUGAACGCGCUACAGUUUGUCAACAGACUGACCGACGGGAACUAGCCUCAUCUUCACAUGUAGUGUCUCACGUAGGGGAUAUUCGUUUGGAAAAUUUUGACAUUGCUUAUGGUAGCAGAGUUCUCUUACAAGGUGCCAAUCUGUCUCUCACGUACGGUAAGAGGUAUGGUUUAGUGGGACGAAAUGGUUUCGGUAAAACAACUUUGCUUCGAUCGUUAGCCAAGGGAGAUUUGCGCCUACCACCUGGUGUCCGCGUACUACAUGUAGAACAAGAAGUUGUUGGUGAUUCCACGCCUGCUUUGGAAAGCGUUCUUCAAGCCGAUAUAGAAAGACACACCCUCCUUAUCGAAUUGGCUCGCCUUCGGGCUGAAAUGAAAAAAAAUUCUGGCACGGAUCAAGGUUUAUCUAGUAGCACAAGUACAAUAGAAUCUCGGGUUGCAGAGAUUUAUUCUCGCUUAAAUGCAAUCGAAGCAGAUAAGGCUCCAGCUCGAGCUGCGGUCGUUUUGCAUGGUCUUGGCUUCAGUCCGGAAAUGCAGAGUAAGCCCACAAAAGAAUUUUCUGGUGGAUGGCGUAUGCGUUUAGCUUUAGCACAAGCACUUUUUGCGAAGCCAGACCUACUUUUGCUGGAUGAACCUACCAAUAUGCUUGAUAUGCGCGCAAUAAUUUGGUUAGAAGACUACUUGCAGCGUUUGGAUGCAUACCGAGGGAAUUAUGAUGCUUUUGAGCAAGCUCGUUCUGAAAGAUUGCUAAAUCAACAAAGGGAGUACGAGUCAUUGAAAGCUGAAAGAGAGCAUAUACAACAAUUUAUAGAUAAAUUUCGUUACAAUGCAAAACGUGCAUCCCUCGUACAAAGUAGAAUUAAGCAUUUAGAAAAGUUGCCACCAUUAAUUCCUCCUGAAAAAGAAUUGAAAGUUGUGAUUCGACUGCCUGAUUGUGAGAAACUUUCUCCUCCAUUGUUACAACUUGAUGAAGUCUGUUUUCAUUAUGUACUGGACAAACCAAUUUUAAAUCAUGUCAAUUUGAGCAUUUCACCAGAUUCACGAAUCAGCAUUGUUGGUGAGAACGGUGCAGGUAAAACGACAUUACUUCGGCUUCUUUUAGGUGAUUUAGAACCAACUUCAGGAUUACGCCACGCACAUCGUAGUUUACGUAUUGGCUACUUUAGCCAACAUCAUGUUGACCAGCUGGAUUUAAAAUUAAGCAGUUUAGAAUUUUUGAUGAGAAAGUUCCCAAAUCAGACUGAACAAGUUUAUCGUUCCCAGUUGGCGAAUUUCAAUAUAACGGAAAUGCUUGCUCUUCAACCAAUCGGUAGUUUGUCAGGGGGACAAAAAUCAAGAGUUGCAUUUGUUGCUAUGUGUAUGUCCAAUCCAAAUAUGCUUGUUCUCGAUGAACCGACAAAUCAUCUAGAUGUAGAAACAAUUGCAGGCUUAUCUGAUGCUUUGGUUAAUUUUCCCGGUGGAGUUGUACUUGUUUCACAUGACGAACGUUUAAUUCAAGCUGUAUGUAAUGAAGUAUGGGUGUGUACACGCAUGGGCACAAGUCCUGUUGACAGUGCUAAAGGAAGUCGUGUAUAUUCAUUACCAGGUGGUUUGGAAGAAUACAAAAAGCUGUUCGAGUUGAACUGGUUCAACUAAAAUUGUAAUCUAUUAAGAUGAAAUUUGUAUGAAAUAUCCUGACAUUUUAUUAUGUAAUUCUUCAAGAUGGGUUAUAAUUUCGGCUGUGCUUCAUCUGUUUGCUUUCAGUGAAAUUCCUUUACUUGGAAUAUAUAUGGCUUAUUUUUUGUUUGUUUUACUUAUUCAGCUGCAGUUAUUUACUGUCUUUUGUUAAGACACAUUUGGCUGUUUCUUAAUACACUGCGUCUUUUUUGCGUCCGUCAGCUAGUUUAUUUAAAAACCGCAGUUGAAAAAUUUCAUUUGCC